AUGAUAGACUGGCUGCAGAGUAACAACAUACAAUGCUCAGCAGAUAUGAAAAAGUUUCAGUUGUACGAACUGAUAGAAAAGCACAAACCUAAAGAAAAGGUGUAUCGCAUCGACGUGGCGUUGAAGAGGCGAGGCCAUGCGGUUCUCAGAUUACCACCCUACAUGUGUGAAUUAAACCCAAUUGAGCUGGCCUGGGCUAAAAUCAAGAGAGUGGUGAAAGGAAACAACAUAAGAGGAGACCUGUCACUAACGAAACUGGAAGAGGCAACACGAGAAGCGCAAAGUUCUGUUAGCAAGAUCGACUGGGAAGGCUUCACAAACCACACCUUGAAGCUAGAACAACACUACUGGGAACAGGACGGCUUGAUGGAAGAUGCCAUCGACAAAUUCGUGAUUGAGUUGGGCGGAAUGGACAGCAGUGACAGUGAAGUGUCAGAUGACAGUGAGGAAGAAAUAUCUGACAGUGAACUGGCUCAACCUCUUCCAAGUACAAGUGAUGAUUAA